AUGGCGCCGACGCCGCCAAAAAAGCAACCGGCGUCAAUAUUUCCGGAGCCUUCUGUCGAGCCCAUUCAAGCCACAGCCAUCGUAAUUAUUCACCCGGGGUCUAUGUUCUUGAGGAUAGGACGAGCCUCUGACUCCUACCCUCAUACAAUACCACAUGUCAUUGCCAGGCCGUGCCUAUUAGAAACAUCAGCACCUCAUGUUGACCCCAUUCUCAUUCCCGAGGUUGACAUGGAGCCAGAGGUCAUGGCCACUAUUGAAGAAGGUUGCGAAGUUGUCGGAAACCUCUUGGCAUCUUGCUUGACCUCAGAAGGGAGGAUACGAUAUACUUUCCCUACUGACAAGAUUCAUCACUUCAAUCAGCAUGUCAAGCCAACAGUCGUCGAAGAAAAGUGUGACCUCAGUUGGACCAACACCGAUCGGGCUCAGGAGUUUUUCAUUGGAGAAGAGGUGCUGUACUUAAAUCCUGAGCAGAGGUUUCACGUACACUGGCCCAUCAGGAGAGGCCGAUUAAAUGUGCACUCGGGCGUUGGAGGUUCCUUGGUGUCUGUGCUGCAUCACCUCGAGGCCAUCUGGGGCAUGGCCAUCCAACAGUACCUAGAGAUUCCACUGAAAGACCUGAAGCACUACAGAGCUGUACUGGUCAUACCAGAUGUGCACGCCAGAGAUCACGUUCGAGAGCUGGUGCAACUCCUGCUCUGCAAGCUGGGCUUUGGUGGCUGCUUUGUUGCUUUGGAGUCUGUCUGUGCAACAUUUGGUGCUGGGCUGUGCUAUGCUUGUGUCGUGGAUGUAGGGGACCAAAAGACCAGUGUUUCCUGCGUUGAAGAUGGCAUAUCUUCACGAACUAGCAGGCUGAUAAUGGAGUAUGGCGGAGCUGACAUAACGCACCUGUUCCACUACUUGCUGCGAAAGUCGGGCUUUCCUUACAAGGAGUGCGACCCUUCGAAAGUCACUGAUGCCUUGCUCCUGCAGGAGCUGAAGGAAAACAUGUGCCAUGUUAAUCUGGACAUAUGUGGAGCGCAGGAGCGGUCUUUUCAGUUGAAGCAACCAGGCAAGCCUCUCUUUGAGUACAAAAUCAAGGUUGGUGACGAAUGUCUGGUGGCCCCACUAGCCCUGUUUCGGCCGGACAUGCUGGGUGUUACAGGUGCGAAACAGUCCAGAGGACAUCUAAGAAAUCCGGGCGAUCCCCAUGACCCUCUAGAUGAGCACUUCCUUCUACAGACGCAGAGGCGAGCCACCCGUGACGUUGCAGAGGGCUCCCAAGCCUUGGACACUGCAUCUCAGUUAGAUGACAGCCAGCUUGGUCAGGGAGCUCUGGACGAAGACGAAGUGGUGCCACCCGAAGCAGUCACCCUUGCAGCUGCACCCAGGGACAGCGAGCGAGAGCUGCCCUGUGACCAAUUACUGGGCAUAGACCAGGCCAUUGUGCAGUGCGUCGAUCGAUGUGACGGGGAGGAGCUCAAGCGCAAAAUGUUCAGCUGCGUGCUCGUAGUUGGAGGUGGCUGCAUGUUUCCCGGCAUCCACACGUGGCUGCAGAAUCGCCUCUCCGUCCAGAUACCCAUCAUGUACCGACCUGAGCAGAUGGAGAUCAUCACUAGGCCUAGAGACACAGACCCUCGGAUCACGACGUGGAAAGGUGCUUCCAUAAUGAGUUGUCUAGACUCGGCUCAGGAGCUUUGGAUUCGGCAGGCCGAGUGGCAGCGGUAUGGGGUUCGCCUGCUCCGAGAGAGGGCGCCUUUUAACUGGUAGAGCCAUCAUCCCUGUGGCCUGCACAUGUUACGAUGAGCGGGCCAUCCUCACAAGAAAAGUUGAGCCACUCUUGGAAUCAGUACAUGCCAGGGUGCAAAAGCAUUGCAGUACCAUCAGGACUGUUCAAUGCUGCUUGAUAUGACUCUUAUUCUUAAUUUGCCAGUCACCAUUGAACAGCACAAAGAAGUGUUCAUUCAGUCAUUAUGGUGUGCAGGAACUGGAAUCCUGGAAUGUGCAAGUGAACCUGGACACUUCAUUAUUAUUCAUGAGAACUGCAUUUAUGUCAUGCUUGUUUACGCAUACUUUUUACAUGAUUGGUGAUGAGUGUAAGUCUGCUGUAAUAUUUAUGAACUGCGUGUGUAAUUAUCAGUCUGCUCUCAUUGUGAUGGUUUGUUCUCAUUCUCAAUCAUUUCAGUCUUCAACAUUAUGACAAGGGAUCAUUAAUGUACAGAGAGAAUUAUUAAAAAAGUCU